GUUUUGGAUAUAAUUUUUUUCUAUAAAUAUAAAUUAGAAGAGAUAAUCAAGUAAAUCACAAUGGCGGUGGAAAAUGGACGUAGCUCCGCCGUUAGCGGCGGUGGCGGUGACGGUGACGGUGGUGAUAUCUACCACCUGCCGGAAGGUUGCAUAGCGAACGUACUAUCAUUGACGAGUCCGAGAGAUGCGAGUAGGUUAUCGGUGGUCGGUACGGUUUUCCGGUCGGCUGCUGAAUCUGACGCAGUUUGGGACCGGUUUUUGCCGCCGGAUUACCGUGAUAUUAUUUCCCGGUCUAGUGAUGGACCGGAAUCGAUCAAUGUCGGAUCUAAGAAAGAGCUUUAUCUCUAUCUAUGUGAUCAUCCUUUCUUCAUCGACGGUGGGACUAAGAGCUUCUCAUUGGAGAAGCGCAGUGGAAAGAAAUGCUACAUGUUAGCUGCGAGGUCACUUGCAAUUAUUUGGGCUGACACACCACGGUAUUGGAGAUGGAUCCCCCUUCCCGAGUCCAGGUUCUCAGAGGUUGCUGAGCUUCUUGAAGUCUGCUGGUUUGAUAUUUCCGGCAAGAUAAACACCUCUAUGCUAUCCCCUGACACCAACUAUGCAGCCUACUUUGUGUUCACAAUGAAAUCCAGGACCUACGGAUUUGAUCGCCAAAGUGCAGAGGGUGCAGUAGGGAUUUCGGGGCAUGAAAGGAAACCACAGACAGUUUUCUUGGAUCCAGAGGCAGCACGUAGGCACAUGUACCAAAUCGUUCCAAGGCGGUUGGGACUACUCAACCAGAUGGCUGAUAUCCUGAGAAGGGGAGUGAAUCCUCCUCCUUCAGAAAACAACAUCCAAGCACGAUACCCGCAACAGAGAAGUGACGGAUGGAUAGAAGUUGAGUUGGGAGAAUUCUUCGUCAAGAGAGGGCAAGACAUUGAACUCGAGAUGAGCUUGACAGAGGUGAAGGUAGGUAACUGGAAAAGUGGCUUAGUUGUUGAAGGGAUUGAAAUCAGGCCUAAGGAAAGGUAAUGAACUUGAUACUGAAAAGGUUCAUUUGGUGUCUGUGCUAAGCCAUUUUUCUAUUGAAGGAAAACUAAAAGCUACGAAGGCCUA